GCGAGACUCUAUACACAUAGCCGCAAUUAUGCCUCACAAACAUAAGCGCAAAGCAGGCGAUGCGCCAGAUUUCGAUCUCCCACCCACAUCGCGCGCCGCUCCCCUCCCAGUAGGCAAGAACAAGACGGCCGCAAAGCCGAAGAAGCGCAAGAUAGCCCAUGUCGAUGGCUACGGGCAAGAUGACACCCCCAAAGCCUUCCAGCGGCUGAUGGCCUUCUCACAAUCCGGCGUCGGCGCCAACAAAAAGCGCUCCGGCCUCGACGACGGCCUCGUGCUGUCCAAGAAGCAGAAAGCCGCCGCGAAGCGCGCAGCCCAGCAAUCCGCCGACGCCGGCUCAGACACCGAGUCUAAAGGCAGCCUGAACAAAGCCAAUGCGACCGCCGAGGCGAAACAGAUUCCCAGGAUCCAGCCAGGGGAGUCCAUGGCUGAGUACAGCUCACGCGUGGAUGCUGCGCUGCCACUCGCUGGCGUCGCAAAAUCCGGCAAGAAAGUCGCUGGCGUGGCAGACCACCGCGUGACCAAGCACGAGAAGCGGCUGAAGAAGCUGCAAGCUGGGUGGCGCGAGGAAGAAGCGCGCAUUCGCGACAAGGAAGCCGAGGAGGCGGAGCUCGCCGAAGAGGAGCGCGACGAGCAGGCUUUGAUAUGGGAAGACAAGACGGAAGAAGUCGCGCCAGGGCUGCGGGCCAACGGGAAGAAGGCCAAGGCUUUGAAGCGGAAGAAGGUUGUUGGCGAGGUUGAUAAUCACAGCGAGGACGAGUGGGAGGCGCUGGAGAGGAAAAGAGAGCAGAGGAAGGGGCUGCAUGAUGUUGUGCAUGCGCCGCCGACGUUUAGCAAGGUGCCGCGGGAGAUCUUCAAAGUCAAGAAUGGCGCAAAGGUCAACGUGAACAACGUGCCGAACGCGGCGGGAAGUUUGAGGAAGCGUGAAGAGCUGGGCGAGGAGCGCAGGACGCUUAUCGACACGUACAGGGAGCUGAUGGCUGCGAAGAAGGAGGAAAGGACCUCGAGGGCGAGGGCGUAGGAGAAAGUGAUACCCAGGCAAUAAGCAUGAUCAUGAUGACUCGGCCUUUUCCCGCCUGCAUUGUGAUUUGGCAUGCUGAAUGCUUCAUUUGGUCCACUUAUACAAUGAAUUAUAGCCCAAGAUCACAUGUAGUAUUCGUGUGUUUAAGUGGGUUCCUUUGAUCUGAUCAAGCUCAAGAUCUUGGAGGUACAAUGGUUGCAUUGUUUGAGAGCAUGAUUUGAUAUGGCA